AUGCCUCGCUUCGCCGUCACUGCUGACGCCGAGAAGAUGUUCCGGCAGAUUUGGACACAUCCAGAUGACCGGAAAUAUCAGGAGAUCCUGUUUAGGAAAGAUCCGUCAGAAUCAGUGCGCGUGUAUCAACUAAAAACCGUGACUUAUGGUCUCGCUAGCUCGCCUUUCCAUGCUACUCGUGUGCUCUACCAGUUGGCCACUGACGAAGGAGAACGCUUUCCGUUGGCGGUCCCCGUGAUCAAGAAAGGAACGUACGUCGACGACGUACUCACCGGCCACGACGACCUAGAUACGCUCGCUGAAACUUGUCGUCAGUUGAUGGAGAUGCUGCAGCAAGCCGGCCUCGUGCUCAGGAAGUGGGCGACCAACGAUGCCGCCGUCCUUGCAAGCAUUCCUCGUCAGCUGUGGGAAACCUCGCGAGAGCUUGAAAUCGAUCGCUCUCCUACUGUGAAGACCUUGGGACUUCUCUGGUUUCCACAAUCGGACACAUUCAAAUUUAAAAUACCAGCUCUGCCACCGCUGAACGCCGCAACAAAACGCCUCGUCGUGUCCGAAAUGUCACAGCUAUUCGAUCCUCUAGGCCUCCUGGGACCAGUGGUGAUUAAAGCCAAGAUGUUUGUCCAAGUUCUGUGGGCAGAACACUUGGACUGGGAUGAAGGGCUGUCCGAAGAAUACGCCGCCUGGUGGGCAGUCUACCGCUCGGAGCUCAGCCAACUACAAGCUCUCUCCGUGCCACGCAGAGCCAUGCAGAGUCGCCAAUACAGCUUACACUGCUUCUGCGAUGCUUCGAAAACAGCAUACGGCUGUUGCAUCUACGUCGUCUCUCGUGACGAUUCCGGACAGCUCCACAGCCAUGUACUGACUGCCAAAUCACGCGUUGCUCCACUGCGUGGACAGUCUAUUCCUCGACUGGAACUCUGCGCUGCGCUGCUCGGUAGCCAGCUUGUCGACAAUCUACGUCGAAACACCGAAUUCGUGGAACCUCCAACAUUCUGGGUGGACUCUACGAUCGUUCUACAUUGUAUCAAGUCACAGUCGAAUGUCUGGAAGGUUUUCGUCUCAAACCGCAUCACUGAAAUACAGCGUCUCUCGAAGGAUUGCACGUGGAGGCAUGUGCCGUCGGAAUUGAAUUCAGCCGACCGGAUUUCUUGA